AUGGCGCUGCGGACGGGCGGCGGCGGCGGGGCGCUGGGGCUGCUGCUGCUGCUGCUGGGCGCCGCGUGCCUGCUGCCCCGGAGCGCGCAGGUGAGGCGGCUGGCGCGCUGCCCCGCCACUUGCAGCUGCACCAAGGAGUCCAUCAUCUGCGUGGGGUCCUCCUGGGUGCCCCGGAUCGUGCCCGGCGCCAUCAGCUCCCUGAGCCUAGUAAAUGGAACCUUUUCAGAAAUCAAGGACCGCAUGUUUUCCCAUCUGCCUUCCUUGCAGCUGCUGUUGCUGAAUUCAAACUCAUUCACUGUGAUCCGGGAUGAUGCCUUUGCUGGACUUUUUCAUCUCGAAUACCUGUUCAUUGAAGGGAACAAAAUAGAAACAAUUUCCAGAAAUGCCUUUCGUGGCCUGCGGGACCUGACUCACCUUUCUUUGGCCAAUAACCACAUUAAAGCACUACCAAGGGAUGUCUUCAGUGACUUAGACUCUCUGAUUGAACUAGAUUUAAGGGGUAAUAAAUUUGAAUGUGACUGCAAGGCUAAGUGGUUGUAUCUGUGGCUGAAGAUGACCAAUUCCACGGUGUCUGAUGUGCUAUGUAUUGGUCCGCCAGAGUAUCAGGAAAAGAAACUGAAUGACGUGAGCAGCUUUGACUAUGAGUGUACAACUACAGAUUUCGUCGUUCAUCAGACUUUGCCCUACCAGUCGGUGUCAGUGGAUACGUUCAACUCCAAGAACGAUGUGUACGUGGCCAUCGCACAGCCCAGCAUGGAGAACUGCAUGGUGCUGGAGUGGGACCACAUUGAGAUGAAUUUCCGCAGCUAUGACAACAUCACAGGCCAGUCCAUUGUGGGCUGCAAGGCCAUCCUCAUUGAUGACCAGGUGUUCGUGGUGGUGGCUCAGCUCUUCGGCGGCUCUCACAUUUACAAAUACGACGACAGUUGGACCAAGUUCGUCAAAUUCCAAGACAUAGAAGUCUCUCGCAUCUCCAAGCCCAAUGACAUUGAGCUCUUUCAGAUCGAGGACGAGACAUUCUUCAUCAUUGCCGACAGCUCUAAAGCCGGCCUGUCCACAGUGUACAAAUGGAACGGCAAAGGCUUCUAUUCGUACCAGUCUCUGCAUGAGUGGUUCCGGGACACGGAUGCCGAGUUUGUGGAUAUCGAAGGGAAAUCACAUCUCAUCUUGUCCAGCCGCUCGCAGGUCCCCAUCAUCCUGCAGUGGAAUAAAAGCUCUAAGAAGUUCGUCCCCUACGGCGAUAUCCCCAACAUGGAGGACGUGCUGGCUGUGAAGAGCUUCCGGAUGCAGAACACCCUGUACCUGUCUCUCACUCGCUUCAUCGGGGACUCCCGGGUCAUGCAGUGGAACAGUAAGCAAUUCGUGGAGGUCCAGGCCCUUCCGUCCAGAGGCGCCAUGACACUGCAGCCCUUUUCUUUUAAAGAUAACCAUUACCUGGCCCUGGGGAGUGACUAUACGUUCUCACAGAUAUACCAGUGGGAUAAAGAGAAGCAGCUAUUUAAAAAGUUUAAAGAAAUCUAUGUGCAGGCACCCCGUUCCUUCACAGCUGUCUCUACCGACAGGAGAGAUUUCUUUUUUGCAUCCAGUUUUAAAGGGAAAACAAAGAUUUUUGAACAUAUCAUUGUGGACCUAAGUUUGUGAAGGUGUGAUUGGUGCGUUUAGAUGACAUAUAACAUUAGCAAUCACAAGAGAGAGGACCAAGAGGAAAUACAAGAAGAUAAUGAAA